AUGAGUGACCAAAUUAACGCUUUGUCAUUGCAGCAGCAGCAGCAGCAGCAGCAGCAGCAGCAAGUCUAUAUGUCCCCUCAGGCAGAAAACUUGAAUCACAUGUACUUAUUAGUCAACAAACUAUUGCGGCAGUUGAGAGAAAAUCAAGCAGAGAAGGCAAAAAUACUAAAAAAUGUUGACAUACUAUCUGGCAAUUUAAGCAAGUAUGAGUCACCGGAAGAACCUCAUGAUACAACGGAUAAUAUUGCAUUAUUCAAUAGAUUUCUAGAGCAAAGAGGAAAGGACGCUAUAACUGGGGAAGAAAGACUAAACGGUGAUUUGGAAGAUAACACAAAAGGUGAGGAUAUGUUAGAGGUGUUAAAGCGUCAAAAUUUAAAUCUCCGGAAAACUCUAGAGGAAUACAAGCAGACAACCUCUGAAUCCAUGAGCUUAUUGAGCUAUUCCGAAGAUUCACUAAACUUUGUGGUUGCCCAGUUAAGAAAAAACAUUCUAAUGCAUCACAAAAAUACAAUUAAAUUGAUUAGGCAGAAAUUUCAAGUAGAAACAAUUCCUCUCGAGGAUGAGGAAUUCAAGAAGUAUCUGGAAAACAUUAAUGAUCUACAAAAACUAACAGAUAUAUCUCAUACUUACCGACUACUGCUGAGGUUACAUGUAAAAGAGUGA